GAAUUCCAGAUACAGCAGCUAUGGGCUGCAGUCCUCGAUAUACCGGCAGAAUCCAUUGGGAGAGACGACAACUUCCUACAGAUCGGUGGAGACUCCAUCAGCGCGAUACGUCUGGUAUCACUGGCCCGCAGUAGCUAUGGUAUCGCUUUGACGAUGGCAUCCAUCUUCGGAGAUGGUCGGUUGUGGCGCUUGGCCGCCACAGUGGGCUCGGCUGCUGCCGUUGGUGCACCACCGUCGCCGUUCAGCCUGCUGCCAAAGGGCCGCGCCGAUGAGAUCCUGGACCAGGCCUCGAAGCAUUGUGGCCUGUCCGAGAAACAGGCUAUCGAGGAUGCCUACCCAUGCACGCCGCUCCAGGAAGGUCUUAUGGCGCUCGCCGUCACGCAGCCGGGCUCGUACUUGACUACUUGGGUGUACAAACUGUCCCGGCAUGUUGAUGUCACGCGAUUUAAAGAUGCCUGGGAACGAACUGUAGCUCUCUGCGAUGGCCUACGGAAGCGCAUCGUUCUGGCGGAUGGUGGGUACUUCCAGAUCGUCGUCAAAGACGACGUAGCGUGGGAGGUCUGGGAGUCACUGGGUGGCGGGGGAAUUGACUCCGCAGUGGAUCUCGCUGUCGAGAAAACCCAUGAGACGGAUAUAUCGACGGGAUUGCGACUUUGGCGAUAUACACUGACAGCGGGUGCCGAUGGGCAAAAUUACUUCGUCUUGAUCGGACAUCAUGCCGUCUUUGACGGGUGGAGUUUUCGCCUUAUCAUGCAACAGCUGCGACGCUUAUAC